AUGAUGCAACUCGGACAUUUAUUUGCAGGGCAGAUGGUCAUGUACAUUUCCUUUCUGCUGCUUGUGGCAGUCUCUGAAAGCUGGAUAAUCCCAGCAGGAGUGGACUAUCUCGCCAGGUCUCCGUUUCUUCGUGUAUCGGAUGCAAAGGGCGUGUUCUGCUUUCUAUUCUCGUCCUCCACAACAGCCGUCGGAUUUAUGUUAGAGACCAUGCGGUCGAUGGCGAAGAUAUCCAAGAAUGACCGGAUGAAGUAUAGGGUGAUGAAGGCGCAGCGUGGGUUCACCUACAUGACAUUGAUUCUGUUCAUCGAUUUCCUUGGUGCAUACAUAUUCAAGUCUCUGAACAACAGGACAACCAGUCUGCUUAUCCUUGGGCUGACCAGCCACAUAUGCUGCUCGCUGACAGCAUUUUUCGGUAUGGACAUGGUGAACACCUUCUUCUACCUCACCUUUGCCAUGUCGAACGUAGGAGUGGUGCUGCUUACAUAUGUGGCCGGGUUUGACCGUGUGUUUACAGGGCUGGGCCGCUACCUCGGGAGAUUCAGGCUCGACCUUAUCUAG